UCCCCGCGCGCAGGGCCCGGCGGGCGCGUCCCAGGCGGGCCAUGGGCCCCGCGGGGCUCCGGGUGGACGCGCGUCGCGGGCUGUCGCUGCCGCUGCUGCUGCUGCCGCCGCCGCUGCUGCUGCUGCUGCUGCUGCUCCCGCCGGCGGCGCCGGGUGUCACCUGCCCCCCGCCCACUGCCAUUGAACACGCGGACAUCCGGGUCCGGAGUCACCGCCAGGGCUCCAGGGAGAGGUACGCGUGUUACUCGGGCUUCAAGCGCAGAGCCGGGACGUCCAGCCUGACUGAGUGCGUGUACAACGAGACCACGGGCACCGCCCGCUGGACCAGGCCCACGCUCCAGUGUAUCCGCGACCCCUCCCUGGCUCCGCGCCAGCCGCCCUCCACCUCCACGGCAGCACCGGCUGCGGUGACCACCGAGCCGCAGAGCCCCUCCCCCCCCGGGAAAGAUGUGCCCAGGUACGAUGCCACCCGUGUCAACAGGCUGCUGUCGGCCGCUGCUCCCUUCCUCGUGCUCUGCGGACUGGGGCUGCUGUGUGCCCUGUGCUGGUGGCGGAGGCGGGGGUCCGGGCCCCGGACUGUUGCAACAGAGAGUCCAGAGGAGCUGCCCAUGACGGGGCCACUCCACGGAGCAGAAGAGGAGCCUGGGAGCCGCCCGCCCUAGCCCGGCCCCCAGAGGCAGCAAAAUGAAACGUGUUUCCACGCAAGGCGCCAGAGGCCCACCCGCGGGGUCUACGAAUGGCGUCCACCGUCUGCUUCUCACGCUCCCUCGGGGCCACCCCACAGCGGCCUCAGGCGAGGCCAGGCUCAGCGAGGAGCUGCCCACAGUGACCCGCGGGCACCUGCCACUCCACAGUGCCCGCUGGACCCACGGACCCUGACGGCCCCCGGGUGGGCCAAGGCUGUGCCCGCCCGCCUCUGCCAGCCGCGUCCGGGAAGGCUGAGGCAGGAGGUGGACGUGGGUCCAGGUGCGCUGAGACGCAGCUCCCAGGCGAGUCUGGGACUCUGGGGCCACACGCUGCCACCUGGC